AUGGCAGAAGACGAGCAACCAGCCAGGCUGACCAACUCCCCGCAGGAUCGGGGCAGCCUCCUGAUCAGUCUCCGGUCUGCGAACCGAGAGUUGCAGCAGCUCCGACAGUCCCGUGAUGACACGCCUGAGACCCGUGCCAAAGAGGCAGAGAUACUCGAAGGCAUUGCGCGCACCCACGCGUCCCUUUCGGAGCCAUUGGGAGCUGUGAGGAAUGCUCUGCUCGCUGCAGAGAUCCGACGGGAGCUCCAGGACGAGGUUGGGGAGGCGACCGCCCUGCUUCUGGCCGCAAACCAGCAGCGAAAUCUCGGCGAGAUGAUCGACGCUACGGAGACAGCCGAGCGAGCCUUGCAGCUUGCGAAGAAGACCGGCACGGCCAGCCAAGAGGCGGAGGCCAGCAAAGCUCUGAGUCGCAUUUUAGGGGAGCGAGGCCUCUACGACAAGGCCCCUCAGCGUCCGGAGGCCCUCCAAACGCUGGAGGCCCUGGUCGCAGCGGUGAAGGCACGUGACGGCGUGGCGGCCAAGGAGGCGGAGCAGAAGAUCAACUCCUACGGGGCCCUUGUGACAGACAAGGACAUCGCCGAUCACAUUGUGCCGCUGAUCAGCAGAGAUCCUGAAGCCACCACGUUCCUUAGGGAGGAACUUGGCUGGGAUCUAGAAAAGCCCUACACGCAGAAGCAGACUGGCAAAGAAGUUCGCCACCUGGACUUCUACCUGGCGCAUCGUCUUACAGGUAUGGGAUUUGGGCCGCAGUUCAAGGUUUGCGCCAUGCCCGUGCGCGUGACGGGCUCCUACCCGGUCACGGUCUCCGUGAAUCAGCUCCCAGAGACAGAGGCCUGGCAAAUGGAGAUGAUGUACCGCCCGGGCUUCUUGGAUUCCGGUCUGCAGAGCGGCUUCGUGAUGGCACCCUUCUUCGACAAGUAG